ACCUCAUUUAUAAUAACUCGGGGGACGCGCACGGCAGUUUCACACACACGCACCUCCGCUUCUGUUCUGCUCUGUUCUGUUCUGUUCCUUUCCCCCCGCAUCCUUAUACUUCCGCUCGAAGCUUCCGCCAUGGGCGAGGGCGAGGACGAGGCUGGGAGCUCGAGCUCCGGCGCGGCCGCGGGCGAACCCAAGGAUCCGAGAAGGAUCGCGCGCAAAUAUCAGCUGGACCUUUGCAAGAGGGCAGUUGAGGAGAACAUCGUAGUGUACCUUGGAACGGGAUGUGGGAAGACACACAUUGCCGUGUUACUCAUGUACGAGCUUGGACACCUCAUCCGCAAACCCAGCCGCGAGGUCUGCAUCUUCCUCGCACCGACCAUACCCCUUGUCCGUCAGCAAGCAAUGGUGAUUGCCGAUUCCACUAAUUUUAAGGUUCAACGUUACUAUGGAAGUGGUAAAAACUCUAGAGAUCACCAGGCAUGGGAGAAAGAGAUAGGAGAAUACGAGGUCCUUGUAAUGACCCCUCAAAUAUUAUUGCACAAUUUGCGUCAUUGUUUCAUCAAGAUGGACUCAAUUGCACUUUUGAUAUUUGAUGAAUGCCAUCAUGCACAAGCACAAAAAAGGCAUCCAUAUGCACAAAUCAUGAAGGAAUUCUAUAAUAACGCUGAUAAACAUCCUCGUGUUUUUGGCAUGACUGCUUCACCGAUUAUUGGAAAAGGUGGUUCUAACAAGCUUACCUACACUAAAUGUAUCAACAGUCUCGAGGAAUUACUUAAUGCAAAGGUUUGUUCAGUUGAUAAUGUAGAACUUGAAAGUGUGAUUGCUUCUCCUAAGAUUGAAGUGUACUUUUAUGACCCAGUUGGUCACUCUAACUUGACUACAACUUACAUCAAUGAGCUUGAUGGCUACAAGUCUCAGCUUUUAAUGUGCUUUGAACAGUCUGAAUACAUGUUAAGAGAGAGUGCAUGCAAUUUCAAGGAGUCACAAAAGAAACUAAAGUCCUUAUGGAGGUUGCAUGAAAAUUUGAUUUUCUGUUUGCAAGAAGUUGGUCUCUUUGGAGCUCUCCAGGCUGCAAGGACCUUUCUCUCUCCCAGUAGUGUUAGUCUAGAUGGAAAGGGGGUUGAUAUUAAUUACUAUGUAAACAAAGCGACAUCUCUUCUAAGCCGCGACAUCUUAGAAGGUGCGGAUGCUGAUUCAUUUGACCUAGAGACAAUAAAAGAACCUUUCUUCUCAAAAAAAUUUGCAGUCCUUAUUGACGUCCUAUCAAGAUACAGGCUGGAGGAGAACACGAAAUGCAUUGUUUUUGUGAAAAGAAUCAUUGUCGCAAGAGUAGUAGCACAUAUUCUCAAAAAACUGAAGUGCCUUGAUUUUUGGAAAUGUGAGUGUCUUGUGGGAUGCCAUUCAGGAUUAAGGAACAUGUCAAGGGACAAGAUGGGUUCUAUCAUUGAAAAGUUCUCUUCGGGUGAGGUGAAUCUUUUGGUCGCUACUAGCGUAGGUGAGGAGGGACUUGACAUUCAGACUUGCUGCCUUGUUGUGCGGUUUGAUCUCCCUGAAACUGUUAAUAGCUUUAUCCAGUCAAGGGGACGUGCCCGAAUGAGUAAAUCUAAAUAUGUUUUUCUCCUGGAGAGGGGAAAUCAGUCUCAGGAGAAGUUACUUGAUGAUUAUAUUACUGGUGAAAGCAUUAUGGAUAAAGAGAUUAACUUGAGAACAUCAAAUGAUAUGUUCGAUUGCCUUGAGGAGAACAUCUAUCGAGUCAAUGAUACUGGUGCUUCCAUUAGCACUGCUUGCAGUGUAUCUCUAUUACAUCGCUACUGUGAUAACCUUCCUAGAGAUAUGUUUUUUGUUCCUUCCCCAUCAUUCUUCUUUGUUGAUGACAUUGAUGGAAUAGUUUGCAGACUAAUUCUUCCACCAAAUGCUGCUUUCCGUCAAGUGAAUGGUCAACCCUGUCCAUCGAAAGAUGAAGCUAAGAGAGAUGCAUGCUUGAAAGCAUGCAUUAAACUUCAUGAACUCGGUGCUUUGACAGAUUUUCUUCUACCUGGUCAAGGCUCUAGAAAGAUGAAGGUAUCAACAACAAAUAUUUCAGAAAGCAACAAAGAUGAGGAUGAAAGUUUUAGGGAAGAGCUUCAUGAGAUGUUAAUCCCUGCAGUUCUGAGACCUUCAGGCUGCAAACUAGAUUGCUCAUUGAAGUUGCAUUUCUAUUACAUAGAAUUUAUUCCCAAACCAGCAGAUAGACGAUAUCAGAUGUUUGGUCUUUUUGUGAUCAAUCGCCUUCCAGAGGAAUCUGAAAAGUUGGAUGUUGAAUUGCAUCUUGCUCAUGCGAGGAUUGUGAAAGCAGGAAUUAAAUAUUUGGGAAAGAUUGAGUUUAACAAAGAAGAGAUGAUACUCGCACACAAUUUUCAAGAGAUGUUUUUGAAAGUUCUUCUGGACAGAUCCGAGUUCACUUCAUCUUAUAUUUUGUUGGGGAAUGAUGCUGCAUUGGACAUGGAUUCAACAUUUUACCUUUUACUUCCCAUCAAGCAGAAAUUCUAUGGUGAUAAUAUGAUUGAUUGGCCAACAAUAAAGAAGUGUUUAUCAUCACCUGCAUUUCAAGAUCCAAUGGGUUUGUCUCUGCCUGAUUCAUAUUUGCCAAAUGAGUCUUUGAAGCUUCUCGGUGGAGCAUACAAGAAAGCUGAUGUCAUUGGCAGUUUGGUCUAUACUCCCCAUACCGACCUGUUUUUCUUCGUUGACUCCAUUCUGGAUGGAACAAAUGCUAAAAGUGAGUUGAACGGUGCAACUUAUGAAGAACAUUUUAAGGAAAGGUUACAUAUUGAGCUUUCCCAUCCUGAGCAGCCACUUUUGAAAGCUAAGCAACUCUUCUGUCUGCGUAAUCUGCUUCAUAACCGACAACUUGAGAGCACAGAAUCUGAGGGUCGUGAAUUGAUGGAGCACUUUGUGGAGUUACCUCCAGAACUAUGCUCUUUGAAGAUAACUGGGUUCUCAAAAGAUAUGGGUAGUUCUUUGUCCUUGCUACCAUCUUUAAUGUGUCGCUUGGAGAAUUUGUUGGUGGCUAUUGAGUUGAAGAAUGUCAUGUCAUCCUAUUUCCCAGAGGCUUCUCAAAUUAGUGCCUCGGGUAUCCUUGAAGCACUGACUACUGAAAGGUGUUUAGAGAGGAUCUCUUUGGAGAGAUUAGAAGUCCUAGGUGAUGCUUUCUUGAAGUAUGUAGUUGGGCGCCAUAACUUUAUUUCAUAUGAAGGACUUGAUGAAGGUCAGUUGACCAGGAGACGUUCUGAUAUAGUGAGUAAUUCAAAUUUAUACGAGUUGUCAAUUAGAAGAAAUUUGCAGGUAUACAUACGGGAUCAACACUUUGAACCUACUCAGUUCUUUGCAUUGGGAAGACCUUGUAAAGUUGUUUGCAAUCCUGACAGAGAAGCAACUUUACACCCGAAGAAUAUCGACCCAGAUAGACGUGAAAACUGUAACUUGAGGUGUACAAAAUCACAUCAUUGGUUGCAUAGGAAGACAAUUGCAGAUGUUGUUGAGUCACUUCUUGGAGCUUUUCUUGUCGAGUGUGGAUUCAAAGCUGCAUUUGCAUUCCUACGUUGGAUUGGGAUAAAAGUUGAUUUCGAAAAUUCAGCUCUCUAUAGAGUAUUAGAUGCAAGCUCCACCAAUUUGUCUCUCAUGAAUUACAUGAACAUUUCUGAGCUUGAAGAAUUGAUUGGCUACACCUUCAAGCACAAGGGUCUUCUUCUCCAAGCAUUUGUACACCCUUCAUUCAAUAAGCAUUCUGGAGGAUGCUACCAGAGGAUGGAGUUUCUUGGAGACGCUGUUUUGGAUUAUUUGAUGGCCUCGUACCUCUACUCAGCUUACCCUGAUCUCAAGCCUGGUCAACUAACAGAUCUGAAAUCAUUAGCUUUGAAUAAUAAUUCAUUUGCUUAUGUGGCCGUUAAGAAAUCUAUCCAUAAAUAUCUCAUAAAGGAUUCUAAAUCUCUUACGGCAGCGAUAAAUAAAUUUCAGAAUUAUGUUAAUCUUUCCAGUUCAGAGAAAGACUUGUUAGAAGAACCAACUUGUCCAAAGGUUCUUGGUGAUAUUGUUGAAUCUUGUGUUGGUGCGGUGCUUUUAGAUUCCGGCUUCAACCUGAACCAUGUUUGGAAGCUAAUGCUAAUGCUUCUAAAGCCAAUAUUGAGCUUCUGUGGCAUGCACAUCGAUCCUAUGAGAGAACUCAGAGAAAUUUGUCAAUAUAAUGGUUUUGAGUUAGGACUUCCCAAACCUACGGAGGACAAUGGAGAGUUCCAUGUCAAAGUAGAAGUUAACAUAGAUGGCAAGAUGAUAAGCUGUACUGCAGCAAACCGGAAUUCGAAAGAUGCUAGAAAGGUGGCUGCACAAGAAGCACUUUUGAAACUGAAGAAUAAUGGAUACAAGCAUAAAAGAAAGUCACUGGAGGAAAUUUUGCGUGCUACCACGAAAAAAGAAUCAGAGCUGAUAGGCUAUGAUGAAGAACCAAUCAAUGUUGAGGAUGACAUACAAAUGAAGAAUCUAUUGAUAAAUGGAGAAAUGGAAGGAAACAUCUUUUUUCAAAAUAAAGAAGUGUCUUUGAACGGGAGGUCUGAAACCUCCAUUCAGAGUACAACAGGAGAUAACAAGGUUGACAAGAAUGAUGCUAAUAAUGGAAGGAACAAUAAGUCCAAUGUGGUCGUGCAGAAUGGUUGUCUACCUAGAGGGGCAACUGAUAAAACAAACCAAAGAGAGUAUCAUGGUGACAUGGUACGCAAAACAGCAAGGUCAUUCCUUUAUGAACUAUGUGCUGCAAACUAUUGGAAACCUCCUGAUUUUGAGUUAUGCAAAGGUGAAGGACCAAGCCACCUUCGAAAGUUCACUUGUAAGGUCCUUAUUCAGAUCACGGGAACUUCAGCGACCCUUUUGGAGUGCUAUAGCGAUCCUAAGCUACAAAAGAAAGCAGCGCAUGAGCAUGCAGCAGAGGGAGCUCUGUGGUAUCUUAAGCAACUUGGAUACCUACCAAAAGAUGAUUAUCGUGUCUAGCGACAUUUUAGGUUUGUGGCCUUCAGUGGGAAGAGUUUUGUUAUUGUAAAUAGGCCUCAGAUGGAAGAGUUUUGUUAUUGUAAAUAGGCCUCAGAUGGAAGAGUUUUUUUAUUGUAAACAUGCAUUUUGUUCAGAGAUAUAUUGACACAUACGAAGCUCACAUAGGAUAAGAAACUAGCAAAUACUUCCUCUAUCUCAAA